UAUGAAGAGGCAAGGAAGGUACGAAAAUCUCUUCUAACCCCAAAACAUGAGUACAUGUUUAAAUUAUUGGCGGAUCGCUUGUCACUUGACGUUGCAGCAGUUGAAAACUUCAUUCUCGAUGCACCAUCUUUAGCACCCUUUGAUGAUUUCUUUGCGCAAGGGGGCUCCAAAACAAUUUCAUUUGUGUACCAGGAGUCUGAAAUACUGGGUAUAGAAUGUGGUCGGACUUUUCCUGGAGCUGCAGAAGGAGAUAAAAUAAUGCGGCUUUUCUUGGCAGAUCUGUCCAAGAUAUGCCUUAAAGGACUUUGUUUAUUUUUUGUGAGAACCAGUGUUGAUUCCCCAUUUGAGAUCUAUGAGGAGAUACAUUUUUUCAUGAUUGAUGCUACUUAUGGUCUUCUCCAGGAAAUACAAAAUUUAUCAAAGGUCAUGCCAACAGUUUGCGCAACAGAGGGUGCUGUGAACCCGUCUAAGCACGUAGAGAAAAAUAUGCAGAAUGUUAAAGACACAUGGUCUCGCUACAUAAGGUUCCUAGAUGAAAUUCAGGUGAGCAUUGAGGAUACUGUUAAAUUUGCACAGGCCACAGGUAUUGAUUUCUCCAGGCUCAUCUCCUUUGAUGAUGUAAAAGCAGCAGCUGCUGACAUUGAAAUGGUGCAUAAGCUUGAGGCAGUUUUGCUGAUAUGGUACAAGCAGAUUGAACAGGUCCUCUUAGAAAGUGAACAGAUGAGAAAAGAAGUUGAUGCAUCAGGACCUUUAACAGAACUGGAACAUUGGAAGAAGAAGUCCGUAAAGUUUAAUUCCAUUAUCGAACAUAUCAAAGGCCCCAAGUGCAAAGCUGUGGUGAAUGUCCUCAACAUAAACCGUUCAAAGACACUGAAGAUGUGGAGGGAGUUGGACGCCAGAAUAACCGAUUGUGCAAAUGAGGCUAAGGAUAAUGUAAAAUUUCUGUACACGCUAGAGAAGGUGUGUCAGCCUCUUUACAGCUGUGAUCCAGUCACCAUGGCCAAAAGUAUCCAGAAUGUCAUCAGUGCCAUCCGCAUGAUACACAGUGUCUCAAGAUGUUACAAUACAUCAGAACGAAUGAUUUCACUGUUCAUAAAGGUUACAAAUCAAAUGGUAACAGCCUGCAAAGCUUACAUCACUGAUAACGGUACCUCUGGAAUUUGGGAUCAGGACACACAAGACAUCAUCAAAAAACUAGAGGCUUGUAUCUACCUUUUCCACGAGUAUCAGUCAUGCUUUCACAAGACAAAGAAACAAAAUCUUGAGAGACCAGAUGGUAAACCAUUUGAAGUGUCAGAGAUGCACAUUUUUGGCAAGUUUGAGGCUUUCUGCAAGAGGCUUAACAAGAUAACCCAAAUGAUCACAGCUAUGAAAACAUUCUCUGCUCUUGGCAAAUCAACAAUUGAGGGAAUAGACACCAUAGCUGCAAAGUUUCAGAACAUUUACAUCACCAUGAAAAAGAAGCAGUAUGACAUACUUGCUCACAGAAAUGCUGACUUUGAAGUUGACUUUGCUGAAUUCAUGUCUCAAAUCAGUAACCUGGAGAAUCAGCUGCAGAUUUUCAUGAAUUCACGUUUUUCCAAGAUUCUGUCGUCUCAACAUGCCUUUGUCCAACUACAAAGAUUUGAAAAAUUGAACAUGCCAUGUUUGAAAGCACAGAUUUCCAAAACCUUUGGCCUCAUCCUCCAACACUAUGUCUCGGAGCUUGAGUCUGUAAAAAAGCUCUAUCAGGCUCACAGAGAGGAUCCUCCUUUAGCCAGAAACAUGCCCCCUGUGGCUGGCAGGAUCCUAUGGGUCAGGCAGUUGUUCAAGAGAAUACAAGAGCCCAUCAGUUACUUUGAGAAAAACUCAGACAUCCUGAAUACCCCUGAAGGGAAAAAUGUUGUGCGGAUGUACAACAGAACUGCAGCUGUAUUUGUGGAGUGUGAGAGACUAUACCAUAGGGCCUGGAAGAGGGAUGUCCCACAGUUGCAGUAUGCUCUGCAAGCUACCCUUUUUGUUCGCUGCCCUGAUACAAGAAAAUUGCUUGUGAACUUUGAUCCUAAAAUAAAUGAGAUUGUACGAGAGUCAAAAUGCAUGCUAAAAAUGGGGUUGGAGGUUCCUGAGCAGGCUGUGCGUCUGCUCAAGUCUGAAAGAUCAUUGAAGGCCACCCGAUUACGCUUAGAGACGAUUCUCAGCAACUAUGAGGAUGCAUUAGAGAAUAUCCCUGCUGCUUUUUACAAUCUCAUGGCAUCAAAAAUAAAAAAUGUAGAGUCUGUGCUUCGCAAUGGAUUGGUACUUCUCAAUUGGUCAUCUCUGAUCUUGGAUAAAUUCUUCAACAACAUUGACACAGCUAUGUCUGAUCUGAAUCAGAUUUUGAAGAAGGUGAGAUAUGUUUGUGAGCUGCACAUUGAGGCUGUACUUCAAGACAUCUCAGAGACUGUACUGAUUGCCCUGCCAGAGGAUGGACCUUCAACUCUGGAAGACCUUAUAAACUCCAAUAAGAAUCGGUCUAAGCAUUUGGCAGAGAUUCUGGCACACAAGAGUAGGAAUGUUGAGGGGGCAGUGAAGGAGCUCAUUGACACCUUGAGUGCUAUUUAUGAGUCAAAAGAAAGAAAGGCUGCCAAUGAGAGGCCUGUUCCAGAAUUCAAGCGAGUUGCAUUUGCUGAAGAUGUUGCAUCAAAUGAAGAUGAUGAUGAAUUGAAUGGAGAGUCAAUUGGAGCAGAAAAAGAGGACGACCUUACAAAGGAAUGUAAAGCAAUAUAUGCUUGCUUCAGCACAAAACUCCUGGAUGCUUUGGUUAAAGCAACACGUUCAUCUUUGGAUGAGCUUAAGAAGAGAGUUUUAAUUUCUAGCUUUUCAGUCAGACAGAGACGUUUUGGUGUGUUAGAUGAUGCAAUCACGUUUAUAAAGUCUGAAGUCCACUUGGCCAUACCCAAUGUGGUAAUGGUACCCAGCCUGGAUGACAUUCAACAUGCUAUCAAUCACCUAGUGAACAUAGUGCUCGAGGUAAGCCGUGGUGUGGCACGAUGGCGACAAGGCCACUGCUUGGAUGACAAUGUAAAGUCUGAAGCCCGGAAGCUGAAGAACUUUUAUCAGAGUGUUGUUAAACACAAGGAUAUCUCUAAGCUUUUAGUUCACCUAGCUUCAGCAGUAAACUCUUUGAGAGAACCCGCUAGUGAUGUACUCAAGCAGUUUCAGCCUUUCAAUGUGAUCUGUGCCGAGGACAGAGAUGUUAAAGUCAAGGAAUUCUUGAAGAGCAACCCUUACCUUGAUCAGAUAAAGUCAGAAAUUUUACAUUAUGUGUCAUUUGAAGAAAAGAUAGACAACAUCAAGCCCAUUAUCAUUUUAGGAUCUAUUGAGUUGUCAACAGCUCCACUCAAAAUGUCUCUGAACAUGGAAGCGAAAUCUUGGAAAAUGCUGUUGUGUAAAUAUCUAAAGGAGGACUACAAGAAGAAGAUAGUAGACAUCAUGGAUUUCACUGGUGUGCAUCUCACAAAGCUGUCAAGGCCUAUCGUUGACCUGGAGGAUGUGCGAUAUGCUAUGGAAACGCUGUCUAAUAUCCGCAACUCUGAAAUAAAAAUUGACAUGACUCUGGGGCCCAUUGAGGAUGCAUUUGCUAUACUGAAUAAAUGUGAAGGGCAAGUGACCAAAAAGGAGUCUGAGGAUGUGAAAGCCUUAAGAUAUUCCUUUGCCAAAUUGCAGUCCAAAGCGAGUGCAGUCCAGGAUGAAUUGGUUCGAAUGCAGCCCAAGUUCAAAGAAGAUCUUCUGGAAUCUGUCACCAUUUUUCACAAGGAUGUGACAACAUUUAUUAAUCAGUAUGAAAUGGACGGCCCAAAUGUGCCAGGCAUCAAACCUCAAGAAGCUAGCAAGAGAGUUCAAAGCUUCCAGGGUUUGUUUGAUUGCCUGUGGAUGAAAUUCAUCACAUACACCUCUGGAGAAAAGUUAUUUGGUCUGCCAGUCACAGAAUACGAGGCUCUACAGAAAGUCCGCAAAGAGCUUGGACUUCUUCAGAAGUUGUAUGGCCUCUAUGAUGCUGUUAUGAAUAAAAUCAGCGGAUAUUAUGAUAUCCUGUGGACAAAGGUUGAUGUUGGGAUGAUCAAUGCAGAGCUUUUAGAUUUCCAGAACAGAUGCCGAAAGCUACCCAAAGGGCUGAAGGACUGGCAAGCAUUUUUAGAUUUAAGAAAAAGGAUUGAUGACUUUAGUGAGUCCUGCCCUGUUCUUGAGAUGAUGGCCCACAAAGCCAUGAAGCAGAGGCACUGGGAUCGCAUCGCUGAUCUGACAAAACACAAAUUUGACGUGGAAUCUGACAUAUUUGCCCUUCGGGAUAUAAUGGAGGCACCACUGCUUAAAUACAAGGACGAUAUAGAGGACAUUUGCAUCUCAGCUGUUAAGGAAAAGGAUAUUGAAGCCAAGCUGGCACAGGUGGUAGAUAUCUGGUCUAGUCAAUUAUUCACUUUCAUGACCUUCAAGAACAGGGGAGAACUAAUGCUUAAAGGAGCAGAGACAGCAGAAAUUGUCAGUGCCAUGGAAGACAGUCUUAUGGUGCUUGGAUCUCUUCUUAGCAACAGAUACAAUUCUCCCUUCAAGAAAGACAUCCAGAACUGGGUUUUCAAACUCUCCACAUCAUCAGAUAUCAUUGAACAGUGGCUUAUUGUUCAGAAUUUGUGGGUAUACUUGGAGGCAGUGUUUGUUGGUGGAGACAUUGCAAACCAGCUUCCUCAGGAAGCAAAGCGCUUCCAGAACAUUGACAAGUCAUGGAUCAAGAUUAUGCAACGAGCCCAUAAGCUCCCUAAUGUAGUGCAAUGCUGUGUUGAAGAUGAGACAAUGGGUGAACUGCUACCCGACUUGCAAGAACAGCUGGAACUCUGCCAGAAGUCUCUCACUGGCUACCUUGAAAAGAAACGACUGCUGUUUCCAAGGUUUUUCUUUGUGUCUGAUCCUGCGUUGCUGGAAAUUCUGGGGCAAGCUAGUGAUUCUCACACAAUUCAGUCUCAUCUCUUGGGAGUGUUUGACAAUGUCAGUGAAGUGGAAUUUCAUGUAAAUGAUUAUGACAAGAUUUUGGCUGUUAUAUCUCAAGAAGGAGAGAAAGUGCCAUUGGACCACCCCAUCAUGGCACGUGGAUCUGUGGAACUGUGGCUGGGAGAGUUGCUGUUGCAGCAGCGGGUCUCUUUGCAUUCAAUUAUAAGAGCAGCAGAUCUGCAGAUAAAUGACCCUGGCUUCCAGCUCCUCACUUUUCUCAACCAGUUUCUAGCACAGGUGGGCUUGCUGGGAAUUCAGAUGCUUUGGACUCGAGAUUCAGAGCACGCACUACAAAAUGCAAGGGAAGACAAGAAGAUCAUGUCGUUGACUAAUCAGAGGUUCCUGAAUGUGCUCAACACACUAAUUUCUCAAACAACCCAUGACUUAUCCAAAUUUGACCGUGUUAAGUUUGAGACACUAGUCACAAUUCAUGUCCAUCAAAGAGACAUCUUUGAUGAUUUGGUUAAAAUGCACAUUAGGUCCAUCAGUGACUUUGAAUGGCUAAAGCAGAGCAGAUUUUAUUACAAAGAGGAUCCAGAUCAGGUUAUUGUGUCAAUUACAGAUGUUGACUUCAUAUAUCAGAAUGAAUUCUUGGGCUGCACAGACCGUCUGGUCAUCACUCCUCUCACAGAUAGGUGCUACAUCACUUUGGCUCAAGCUUUAGGAAUGAGUAUGGGUGGAGCUCCAGCUGGACCUGCUGGAACUGGCAAAACCGAAACAACCAAAGACAUGGGCCGCUGCCUGGGAAAAUAUGUAGUGGUGUUUAACUGCUCUGACCAGAUGGACUUUAGAGGACUUGGGAGAAUAUACAAAGGUCUUGCUCAGUCUGGGUCGUGGGGAUGCUUUGAUGAAUUUAACAGAAUUGACCUGCCUGUGCUCUCAGUUGCUGCGCAACAAAUCUACAUUGUUCUCACUGCAAGGAAAGAACACAAAAAGCAGUUUGUCUUCACUGAUGGAGAUUGUGUAGAUCUGAACCCAGAAUUUGGCCUCUUUAUUACAAUGAACCCUGGCUAUGCUGGACGCCAAGAACUCCCAGAAAAUUUAAAGGUCCAGUUCAGGACUGUUUCCAUGAUGGUUCCUGACAGACAGAUCAUCAUGAGAGUAAAACUGGCCAGCUGUGGAUUUAUUGAGAAUGUUAUAUUGGCUCAGAAAUUUUUUGUCCUUUAUAAACUUUGUGAGGAACAGCUGACCAAGCAGGUUCACUAUGAUUUUGGUUUGAGGAACAUCUUGUCAGUUCUAAGGACUUUGGGUGCCCAAAAAAGGGCUCGACCUUCUGAUACUGAGUCAAGUAUCGUGAUGAGAGUUCUGCGUGACAUGAAUCUGUCCAAACUGGUGGAUGAGGAUGAGCCUCUGUUUCUUAGUCUGAUCAGUGACCUGUUCCCUGGAAUCCAGCUGGACAGCAACACUUACGCUGAGUUACAAGCUGCAGUUGCCACACAAGUGGAACAGGCUGGGAUUGUUAAUCACCCACCAUGGAACCUCAAGCUUGUUCAGUUAUAUGAGGUAUCACGCGUACGUCAUGGACUAAUGACACUUGGCCCCAGUGGGGCUGGAAAGACCAUGGUAAUCAAUAUCCUCAUGCGUGCCAUGACUGACUGUGGAGCUCCUCACAGAGAGAUGAGAAUGAACCCCAAAGCCAUCACAGCCCCACAGAUGUUUGGGCGUCUGGAUGCUGCAACUAAUGACUGGACUGAUGGAAUCUUCUCCACACUGUGGAGGAAGACUUUAAAAGCAAAGAAGGGAGAGAACAUUUGGAUUGUGCUUGAUGGGCCAGUAGAUGCUAUUUGGAUUGAAAACUUAAACUCAGUAUUGGAUGACAACAAGACACUAACCUUGGCCAAUGGUGACCGGAUUACCAUGUCCCCAAGUUGUAAACUAAUGUUUGAGGUGCACAACAUGGACAAUGCCUCUCCUGCAACUGUGUCCAGAGUGGGCAUGGUGUUCAUGAGCUCUUCUGCACUGAGCUGGAAACCAAUCUUUCAGGGGUGGGCCAAGAAGCGCACUGCCCAAGAACCUGACACACUGAUGGCUCAUUAUGAUAAAAUAUUUGAAGAUGCAUAUGUAUUUCUGAAACAAAACCUCAAGCCAAAAAUGCAACUGUUGGAAUGCAACUACAUAAUGCAGUCAGUGAACCUGCUUGAGGGCCUGAUACCCACUAAGGAGGCAGGGGGCAUUGUGAACAACACGCAGCUGGAGCGCCUUUUUGUGUUUUGCCUAAUGUGGAGUUUGGGAGCCCUGCUGGAGCUGGACGACAGGGAUAGGCUGGAGGCAUUCAUUCGGUCUCAUGAAAGCAAAGUUGACCUGCCACUUACAAAGCCUGGGGAGACCAUAUUUGAGUACAUGGUUAAUCAGAAUGGCGAUUGGGAUCACUGGAGUAAAUAUGUGGUGGAGUAUAUCUAUCCAACAGACUAUGUGCCAGACUACACCUCUAUUCUUGUACCCAAUGUUGAUAACACAAGAACUAGUUUCUUGAUUGAGACCAUUGCCAAACAGCACAAGGCUGUUCUGCUCAUUGGUGAGCAAGGGACUGCCAAGACUGUAAUGGUGAAGGGAUACACAAAGAAAUAUGACCCCGAGACAGACUUAUUCAAGUCACUGAACUUCUCAUCCGCCACUGAGCCAAUGAUGUUCCAGCGAACAGUAGAAAGUUAUAUAGAGAAACGUUUGGGGAGUACAUACGGACCUCCUGGUGGACGGAGAAUGACCAUUUUUAUUGAUGAUGUCAACAUGCCUGUGGUCAAUGAAUGGGGAGAUCAGAUCACCAAUGAAAUAGUGCGUCAGAUGAUGGAGAUGUCUGGCAUGUACAGUUUGGAUAAGCCUGGUGAUUUUACAACCAUUGAGGAUGUUCAAAUGAUGGCUGCCAUGAUCCACCCUGGUGGUGGCAGAAAUGAUAUUCCUCAGAGACUGAAAAGGCAAUUUACAGUGUUCAACUGCACUCUUCCUGCAAACUCCUCCAUCGACAUGAUCUUUGGAAUCAUUGGCUGCGGAUACUUCCAUGAAAGCAGACAUUUUAAACCCAAUAUUUCUGAAAUGGUAAAACGUCUGGUACCCGCCUCUCGGAUUCUCUGGCAGUGGACAAAAGUUAAGAUGUUACCUACACCCUCGAAGUUUCAUUAUUUCUUUAACUUGAGAGACCUGUCCAGAAUUUGGCAGGGCAUGUUGAAAAUCAAAGCAGAAGAAUGUAAUGAAAUUUCAUCUCUGCUGGCUUUGUUCAAGUGUGAAUGCAUGCGAGUAAUUGCAGACAGGUUUGUGUGUAUUGAGGAUAAGGACUGGUUAGAGAAAGCCAUAGCCAGAGUCAUCCAGGAGCAUGUGGAUCCUGCAUUAGUACAAGAGAUCCAUCCUGAUCCUUACUUUGUGGACUUUUUGCAAGAGGCCCCAGAGCCUACAGGAGAGGAAGCUGAUGAUGCUUGUCUUGAUGCUCCUAAAAUCUACGAAAUUGUGCCAAACUUUGAGGUCCUGUCAGAGAAACUGCGGUUGUAUCAAGGCCAAUACAACGAGGCUAUCCGUGGCUCCCAUCUAGACCUUGUCUUCUUCACUGACGCAAUGACUCACCUUAUCAAGAUCUCCCGCAUCAUUCGGACAGAUGGUGGGAGUGCUCUGCUUGUAGGAGUGGGAGGAUCAGGAAAGCAGAGUCUUACCCGUUUAGCCUCCUACAUUGCUGGAUAUAGCACGUUUCAGAUUACACUUACCAGAACUUAUAACACCAGCAAUUUAAUAGAUGACCUGAAAGUGCUUUUUAGAACCGCUGGUGCAGAUGGAAAAGGUGUCACAUUCAUCUUUACAGACAAUGAGAUUAAAGACGAGGCAUUCUUGGAGUAUCUAAACAAUGUGCUGUCCUCAGGGGAGGUGUCUAACCUGUUUGCUCGAGAUGAGCUAGAUGAGAUAACACAGAAUCUUAUUGCUGUGAUGAAAAAGGAGUUGCCUCGAGUGCCACCAACCUUUGACAAUUUGUAUGAUUUUUUCAUUACCCGUGCCAAAAAGAAUCUCCAUGUUGUAUUGUGCUUUUCCCCGGUGGGGGAGAAGUUCCGUACACGCUCUCUAAAGUUCCCUGGACUGAUAUCAGGCUGCACCAUGGACUGGUUUACCCCCUGGCCCAGCGAGGCUCUGGUUGCAGUAUCUCACUAUUACCUCUUGGGGUUCCAUAUGGUCUGCUCCCCUGAGGUGAAGACUGCAGUCGUCCAGACAAUGGGCAUUUAUCAUGAUAAAGUCUCCUCAGCCUGUGAAGGCUACUUUGAGAGAUUUCGACGGAGAACACACGUCACUCCCAAAUCCUACUUGUCUUUUAUUAAUGGAUAUAAAACUGUCUACACUGAAAAAUAUAGCUACAUCAACACUUUGGCUGAACGAAUGAAUGUUGGUCUUGCAAAACUAAUGGAAGCCAGUGAAUCUGUGGCCCAGCUGUCGAAAGAUCUUGUAGUGAAGGAGAAAGAGCUUGCAUUGGCUUCUGUCAAAGCAGAUAAGGUCCUGGCAGAGGUUACAGUGAGUGCUGAGGCAGCUUCCAUAGUCAAAAAUGAGGUCCAGGUUGUGAAAGAUAAAGCCCUCAAGAUUGUGCAAGAAAUAGAAAAGGAAAAAGCGAUUGCAGAGAAUAAGCUGGAGGCAGCUAAACCUGCUCUUGAGGAGGCUGAGGCAGCUUUGAAUACGAUCAAGCCUGCAGAUAUUGCGACGGUGAGAAAGCUGGCCAAGCCACCUCACUUAAUCAUGAGAAUCAUGGACUGCUGCCUGCUGCUCUUCCACAAAAGGCUGGACUCUGUCACUAUGGAUCCAGAGAGGCCUUGCCAUAAGCCUUCCUGGGGUGAGGCACUAAAGCUCAUGAGUGCCGGUGGAUUUAUGACUUCACUCCAGCAAUUUCCAAAGGACACUAUUAAUGAGGAGAUAGUUGAACUGCUGCAGCCAUACUUUCAGAUGGAAGACUACACACUAGAGAAUGCCAAGAAAGUGUGUGGAAAUGUGGCUGGUCUGCUUUCCUGGACACAGUCAAUGGCCAUCUUCUUUGAAAUCAAUAAGGAAGUCCUGCCCCUAAAGGCUAAUCUAGUUGUUCAGGAGGGUAGGCUGGCAAUAGCUAAUGCAGAACUGGCUAAGGCCCAGGCUCAGUUGAAUGAAAAACAGGCAGAGUUGGACAAAGUGCAGGCGAAAUUUGAUGCUGCCAUGAAGGAAAAACAGGAUUUGCUGGACGGAGCCCAAAUGUGCAUGAAUAAAAUGCAGGCAGCUUCAGCUCUGAUUGAUGGGCUAAGUGAAGAGAAAGUACGCUGGACUGAUCAGAGCAAAGAGUUUAAAUCACAAAUAAACAGGCUUGUUGGAGACGUUUUGCAACUGACAGGCUUCCUGUCUUACUGCGGCCCUUUUAACCAGACUUUCCGCAACAUGCUACUAAAGGACAUUUGGGAGGCGGAGCUCCGGAAGAGGAAAAUCCCCUUCACUGAAAACCUGAAUUUAAUCUCCAUGCUGGUAGACCAGCCUACAAUAAGUGAAUGGAAUCUUCAGGGGCUACCAGGAGAUGAUCUGUCAGUGCAGAAUGGCAUCAUUGUCACAAAGGCUACCCGGUUUCCUCUACUCAUUGACCCUCAGACUCAGGGCAAAUUGUGGAUUAAAAAGAAGGAAAAGGCUAAUGACCUCCAGGUUACAUCUCUGAAUCACAAGUUCUUCCGAGCUCACCUUGAAGACAGUCUGUCCCUUGGUCGCCCCUUGCUCAUUGAAGACGUGCAUGAGGAGCUUGACCCAGCCCUGGACAAUGUGCUUGAGAAAAACUUUAUCAAGUCAGGGUCUACUUAUAAGGUCAAAGUUGGAGAUAAAGAAACAGACAUCAUGGAUGGUUUCCAGCUGUACAUCACCACAAAGCUGCCAAACCCAGCAUACACACCAGAGGUCAGUGCCAAGACAUCCAUCAUUGACUUCACAGUGACGAUGAAGGGACUCGAAAACCAGUUGCUAGGAAGAGUCAUUCUCACUGAGAAAUAUGAACUGGAAGCUGAGAGACUGAAGCUUAUGGAGGAUGUCACAGUGAACAAGAGGAAGAUGAAGGAGCUGGAGGAUAAUUUGCUGUACAAACUUAGCACCACAAAAGGGUCUUUGGUAGAUGAUGAUUCUAUGAUUGGGAUCUUAAGUGUCACUAAGCAAACAGCUGCAGAGGUGAGUGAAAAGCUGCAUGUGGCAGCUGAAACAGAGGCGAAGAUCAUCACAGCCCAAGAAGAGUACAGACCAGCUGCCUCACGCGGCAGCACCCUAUACUUUCUCAUCACAGAGAUGAGUAUGGUCAACGUCAUGUACCAGACUUCCCUGGCCCAGUUUCUCAAAAUAUUUGAUCUCUCCAUGGCAAGGUCAGAAAAAUCUCCUUUGACUCAGAAGCGCAUUGCGAACAUUAUUGACUACUUGACCAACGAGGUGUUCAGAUACACAGUUAGAGGACUGUACGAGAACCAUAAGUUUAUCUUCACUUUACUCUUGGCUCUCAAGAUUGACCUCCAGAAGGGCAGUGUCAAACGUAACGAGUUUCAGAUUCUCAUUAAAGGUGGUGCCGCUCUGGAUCUGAAAGCCUGCCCUUCUAAACCCUUUCGUUGGAUCCUGGAUAUGACAUGGCUCAACCUUGUUGAGCUCAGUAAACUGCCCCAGUUCUCAGAGAUUAUGAACCAGGUAUCCCGCAACGAGAAGGGCUGGAAAUUAUGGUUUGACAUGGAUGCGCCAGAGGACGGUGUCAUUCCAGAUGGGUAUAAUGACUCACUGGAUGUCUUUCACAGACUGCUGCUCAUAAGAUCCUGGUCUCCGGACCGCACGCUGUCUCAGGCCAGGAAAUAUGUAGGAGAUUCAUUGGGCAUGAGGUUUGCUGAGCCUGUGAUUUUGAACUUGGAAGCAACCUGGGAGGAGAGUGACCCACGCACACCUCUGAUCUGCUUCCUGUCCAUGGGUUCUGAUCCAACCAACCAAAUCGAGGCAUUAGCAAAGAAGCUAAAAUUGGAAUGCAAGGCUAUAUCAAUGGGACAGGGCCAAGAGGUGCAUGCAAGGAGGCUGGUGCAGAUGUCUAUCGCACAGGGUGGCUGGGUUCUGCUGCAGAACUGCCAUCUAGGACUUGAGUUCAUGGGUGAGCUCCUUGAGACAGUGAGCACAGUUGAGACAAUGCAUGAUUCCUUCAGGGUUUGGAUCACCACAGAGCCCCACAGUCGCUUUUCCAUCACCUUGCUGCAGUCCUCCAUCAAGUUUACCAAUGAUCCUCCCCAAGGAGUCAGAGCUGGAUUGAAGCGUACCUUUGUAGGAAUUUCUAAGGAACAGUUAGAUUUCAUUAACUUGCCCAUGUGGAAACCCUUGCUUUACAGUGUUGCCUUUUUACACACUGUUGUACAGGAACGUCGCAAAUUUGGGCCCUUGGGUUGGAAUAUUCCCUACGAAUUUAACUCUGCAGACUUCACAGCAAGUGUGCAGUUUAUUCAGAACCACUUGGACGAAUGCAGCCCUAAAAAGGGAGUAUCAUGGGUUACAGUGCGUUACAUGCUUGGAGAAGUGCAGUAUGGAGGGAGAGUCACAGAUGACUAUGAUAAACGACUUCUCAACUGUUUUUCACGAGUGUGGUUCAAUGACAAAAUAUUUGAUCCAUCAUUCUGCUUCUACACUGGCUACAAGAUUCCAGUAUGCAAAACAGUUGAUCAAUACCUGGAAUACAUUCAGGCCCUACCAGCUGUAGACAGUCCUCAAGUAUUUGGACUGCAUCCUAAUGCUGACAUAACAUAUCAAUCGAACACUUCAGCUGAAGUGCUGGACACUAUUACUAACAUUCAGCCUAAAGAGAGUGGUGGUGGAGCUGGUGAGACCCGAGAAUCAAUUGUUUAUCGCCUUGCUCAAGAUAUGCUGGAUAAACUUCCUCCCAAUUACGUUCCCCAUGAGGUUAAAGCUAGACUUGUAAAAAUGGGAGCUCUGAACUCCAUGAACAUUUUCCUGCGUCAGGAGGUUGACCGCAUGCAGAGGAUUAUUACUGUACUGCGCACUAGCUUGAAUGACCUUAAAUUGGCCAUUGAAGGUACAAUUAUUAUGAGUGAGAACCUCAGGGAUGCUCUCGACAACAUGUUUGAUGCUCGUGUACCAAACUUGUGGAAAAAGUUGUCUUGGGAAUCAACUACCUUGGGGUUUUGGUUCACUGAACUGUUGGAGAGAAAUAUUCAGUUUCACAGCUGGGUCUUUGAGGGCAGGCCCAAAACAUUCUGGAUGACUGGCUUUUUCAAUCCCCAGGGUUUCCUGACAGCUAUGCGGCAGGAGGUGACAAGGGCGCACAAAGGCUGGGCUCUGGACACAGUUGCUCUGCAUAAUGAAGUGCUGAAGCAAACCAAGGAGGAGAUCACUGCUUCACCAUCCGAAGGAGUGUAUGUGUACGGUCUGUACCUAGACGGGGCUGGCUGGGACCGCAGGAAUUGUCGCCUCACCGAAUCCACACCCAAAGUGCUGUUCACCCCUCUUCCUGUAGUGCACAUGUUUGCCAUCAAUUCUAUUGCCCCUAAAGAUCCUAAGCUUUACAUAUGCCCCAUCUACAAGAAACCAAGACGUACUGACCUCACCUACAUCACAGGAAUAGUCCUACGCACAGUACAGCCACCUGACCAUUGGAUAAUGCGUGGGGUUGCACUGCUCUGUGAUAUAAAGUGA